AUGAUUAGAAGUAUUUUUGUAAUCAAUAAAGAUCGGGAAGUUCUUCUUGAAAAACACUGGAAAUCUAUCACCCCUCGGUCGGUUUUAGAUUCCAUUUGUGAGGGACAAUCAAAACUGUCGAAUUCUUUGAAAGUUCCUCCUGUUGUCGCAUCAUCAAACAAUGUAAUUUUGAUUAUUGUCGAGAAGAAUGGUAUAUUCUUUAUCGCCACUUGUACUGAAGAAGUUCCUCCUUUGCUCAUUAUUGAGUUCCUAAAUAGCUUAAUAUCUAUCUAUGAGGACUAUUUCGGAACCAUGACAGAAUCAGCUAUUACUGAUAACAUCGUUUGCGCAUUUGAGCUACUAGAUGAAAUGCUAGAUAACGGCUUUCCACUAACAACAGAAUUAAAUAUUCUCAAGGAGAUCAUUAAACCCCCAAGACUUCUUCGAUCAAUUACAGAGGUUGUAACAGGUCGCACUCUAGGUAGUGUCAAUGAAAUUCUGCCUGCCAAUCAAUUGUCAAACAUACGCUGGAGGCGUGCUGGUGUCAAAUACACUACAAACGAGGCCUUUUUUGAUAUGACAGAGCGUGUGAAUGUCAUUAUUGACCGAUCUGGAAAUAUCCUUUUAGCUGAAAUUGAAGGAGCUAUCGAUUGUCUAGUUUAUCUUUCGGGAAUGCCAGAUUUGUCGUUGAGUUUCAACAACCCUCGACUGUUGGACGACGUGAGUUUGCAUCCCUGUGUUCGUUACUUCCGGUGGGAGAAACAGCGCGUCAUCUCCUUCAUUCCGCCUGAUGGAAAAUUCCGACUUUUUAGCUAUUACAUUCCAAAUAUUAAUUCAAUAUCUCUCCCCAUCGCACUGAGGCACAAUAUAUCCCUAAAGGAAUCAGGAAGUCGAUUUGAACUUUCUGUCUCUCCAAAAUCAACUGCUGGUAAAGUGCUUGAGAAGGUGAGAGUAACGGUGCUAUUACCACCUGAAGUAAGCGGUGUAAAUGCCACCCCUUCACUGGGCAGAGCAGUCUUCGACACCGUUACCAAGACCCUCACGUGGGAUAUUGGCCAUCUAGAACCCCGCACGUACCCCUCUCUCAAGGGCACUGUUACUCUUCAUAAUGGUACUGCUCAGGUAUCCUCUACGCCAGUAGUUAAUCUUCAUUUUGAGUUUCCACAAACCCUUGUUUCUGGUCUACGUGUGUCGAGGCUUGAAAUGCACAAAGAGAAUUAUAACCCAUACAAGGGCGUUAAAUACUUGACUGUUUCUGGAAAUUAUGAAGUACGAAUCUGA